CUGAACUUCUCAGCAGUUUGCAUCCCUGCAUCGUUUCUCUGGGGUAUGAAUAUCAGUUUGGACAUCUACGUCUCCUUUGCUUAAAGGUUGUAAAGAUGUCCGUCUCAGUGGAUGCAGACGACGGAGGGACUGUUGUUACCAUAGCAACGGACAAUCGGAGCACGUUAGCGCAAUGGCGUCAGGUCGUCAGGACUCGUUCCUGCGGCCCAUCAUGGCGGUCAGCGCCCAAAGGGAGCAGCGUGGUCGGAGCUCUCGGGACUGUGCAGGUCAUGGUCGGCGUGUUCAACGUUGGACUCGGACCAGAACGUGUAGAAACGUUUCCUUACUGGCUGGGAGUUCCUUUCAUUGCAGCCGGAGUCUUGUCUCUCCUUGCAGACAGAUUUCCUCUCCGCUGCCUGACGGGCUUUUCCGUCUUUCUCAACAUAGCCGGAUCCAUCCUCUCCGUUGUGGCCAUUGUGCUGUAUGCAGUACAUUUGUCCAGCUUCACUGUCAUUGGGAUGUGUGGGAUCCUGGAUGAAACAAACUCCAAAAACUGCAUAUUCUUGGCUAAUUUAGCUCAGAAACUGCUGAGAGGCGUGGACAUCACCAUGAUCGUCAUGUCGGUCCUCCAGCUCUGUGUCUGCCUCAGCCUCGCAGUCCUGGGCAACAAGGCUUUCUACUACAGGAGGAAGGAUGUCAAAGAUGUUUUGAUCCAGCAGCCAUUGGUUAAAGUUGGUCACAUGACCAGUCCUGGAGCCUAAGUCUAACUAAUCUGGUGAGACCAAGGAGAAACCAAAAGGGGGGCCCAGGGGGCCCAGUCCCUCUCAAACACCAUCCAGCUUCAGAGAACUGUUGCUUUAUUAAACUCUAUUUGGAUCACAAUUAUUAUUAAAAUGCAAAAAUAUUAAUGAAAAUAGUUCAAAAUGACUCUAAAUCCUGAGAGAUAUUCUGUAUUUAGCAAAGGUAUAACAAAAAUAGCUUUAUGUUAUUUAUUUAAAAAUAAUUAGAUGCUAAAAUCUCCAAAAUUUACAAGCAGCCAAAACCAAAGAGGCAAAAAAUAGAAAUAUAUUUGUUUUUUAAUUUUUGGGUUACAGUUGAUUGCAAAAUGAUGGGGAAAUGAUUGAAGUCACCCAAAUGUCAUUUUAAGUGUUAUUUUUAAGAUGAAAAUGUUUUUUUUUUAAAGGGUAGGUAUCAGAAGAAGUGAAUUAAAAACUUUGCAUGUCUUAUUAUCCACACAUGCAGGUAGAAAUCAGGUCAUCCUGUAAAUUUUCUUUUCUGUUUUCUAGAUUUGUGAAAUUGUGAAUUGCUGAUUAAAAAUAUAAAAAUGUUUCCUUGCGUCUAUGUUGCCUCUUCUGUACGGUGUGCUUAUAAAAAAAAUAUUUUCAAUUUCAAUUCUUCAGAUUAUAGAUUAUAGAUUUAUUCUCCACUCCUUUAAGAUGCUGUUACACCAAUAACCACUAGAUGGCGGUAAAUAUUCUAGUUCCUGCAUCUCCUGUUUUUAUCUUAAUGCUCAUAAUCUUCUUGUUUUAACAAAAUAAGAG